GAUUGCCUUAAGAAGAACAGAGCGAGAGAGAGAGAGAGCAAGUGAUGGGUAGGAGGAGGCAGAGGUUUUUGUCUUGGUUUUGUCUGAUCCGACAUGAGCCACAGAACGUGAGUGCUUGACCGAGAACAGGCAUCUCUCACUGGACGCAUCACCCUCACCCUUCCACUCAGUCUGUCUGCCUGCCUGGAGCUGGGGCUGGAGCUGUGGUAGCGACGGGCUAUCAGAGAGGCUAGCAGGCACAGUGGCUCUGAUGAGAAGAGGGGCUAAGCUGAGCCGGUGGGCUUGCUCUCUGCCUCACAGACACAUUUUAUUGACUUGCUAAUUGCCUAAGACACUCAGAGGAGAGGAUGCAGUGACUGAAGGGCGCGAAGGAACCAACUGUACAGAAGAGCGUUACAGGCAGUGGAACAGUGACUGCGUUCUGCCUAUCUGACCACCAUUUCUGCUUCUCUUUACUGUGGGAAUUACAGCAGAUGUUUGCAGCCUGCCUUUCAUUGAUCUGCACAACGUGCAUAUGUGAUUCAUGUAUGACAUUAGUGUGUCUUUGCCUCACAUGCAGUCGGAAGUAGACUCUCACCACCACAUGCUUUGCAACACGUGAAUGAUUUCCAUAUGGAUGUUUGUUCUCUUAUUUACAUUCAAACCUGUUUUUCUCUGCUAGGUCUGCUUAAGCUGUUGUUUACUGUGCUUUCUGGUUUGUCUUUACCACGAUACAUACCCUUUGGUGUCUGUGACGGUGCUACAUUAUUUGUUUUAUUUUUUUGUCAACCAAUCAAAUGUAAUGGGGAUAUGAAGAUUCUGAAGCAUACAAUGAAUAUCCUUCACUGGGAGUGAAGAAAUUAUCUGAAGAGAAGCUGAAGACUGACUUGAGGCAUUUCAUCUUGUGGUAUUUUGUGGAGUGGGGAACUACGUAGUACAGUCUUGUUGGAAAAAUGGACCAGGCUCAUUUGUUGACUCUUGCAUAAUUCCAGACUACCCAGUCACAAACAUCAAGAUCGAGGAAAGCAAUCUCAGAUCCCUGGCAUCGGGCUGUAGAAUUAAUCUUUCAUAUGGAGAGAGAAAGGGGAAAAGAAAGAGAAGACUGUGAAUGAACCUGUGGAGGAGACCAGUGAUCAGCAAAGAGAAGGUGACAAGGGGAUUACAGGAAGGAUUCAAAUAAAGUACACUAGAUUUAAGUAACUCAGCCUUGUUAAGUAUGCUCCGCUAAUUCUAGGUAGCUCCUACCACCUCUUGACAAAGUUACCAUUCACCCACAUCAGACGUAUCCCUACGCCAGUUAGUUUGACAGUACCUUCUGACUGUUUUCUGGUCUGACUGUUGUCUCUCUGGUGAAGCCUCCAGUUGUAGGUUGCCAUGCCUGUUCCCUGCAGGUCUGUCUGGGUCAGAGUGAGGGCUCUGCCGCUGCUCUGAGGUCGGUCUGCCUCCCUGUCUGCCAGCCUGCCGCCCCUAUGAGCCAAACAGGCACCCUACCAAGGCGCACCACCUACCUCAUCUCCCUCACCCUGGUCAAGGUCGAGGCGGUAGGGGGUGAUGGAAGGGCCACCGGGCCCCAGCCACAGCUGGCCCUUUCCCUAGGGAGAGGAGGUGUGGGGGGCCCUGGCUAUGAGGAGGAUGAGGAGCUGAGCAGGACCACUGAGGAUGAGGGAGGACACUCAUGUGCCGUGGGGGAGGGAGAGGGGGACACAGAAAUGGAGGAAGAUGAGCAGGAUGGCAUUAGCUUUGGGGGGCCUGUUCAGGAGCGGGGGAAGCCUGAGAUGAGGGAGAAAGAGAGUCGUGGGCCAGGCUCCUCAAAAGAUAUCACAUUGGGGAUUAAGAGCAAGGAGUCUCCCCUCUUACCGAAGAACAUGAAAGACCAAGUGAAGGGGCUUGCAGGGGUGUCAGGUGUCCCCUCAGAGGUAGGGCUGAGGAAAGAGGGAACCCGUCCUAAAACCGAACUCUACAGGGAGCCACCCAUGCUGUUUCCAAGGGGCGAGGAGGGGAUGGGCGACCCAAGCAGCACCCUCUGCCGAGUCAGCGUGCCCAUCACUGUCCCUCCCAGGUUUACCCAUCGACCCGAGGUCCUGAUGAGGUCACAUGCCGGGGGGGGGACUGUAAGCCGGCGGGAGUUGAGGGAAGCCGAUCAGAGUAUGCCUCCAUCUGCCAAGAGUCUGGACCGCAAAGACAACCGUAUAGGGGAUCGGUCGCCUAUGAUAGGUGCUGCGGCCGCCCUAGGGCCUUACCGAGCAUCCUGGGCAGACAGUGACGGCAGGACCACCCUCCUUCACCAGGGGGUCCCAGUGGGGGGAGGGUUUACAGGCGUGGUGACCAGGGAAAGCCCCCAAGGGGACAGGCUGAAGACAGGCUCCACCUCUCUGCCAGCUCAACCCACCACCCAGGUGUCCAAGCCGGCAAGGAAGGGCAAGAGCCGUACCCUUGACAACAGUGACCUGCACUCUCUUUCUGAGGACUUGAAGAAGGGGAAGGAUGGCAAGGGCCAGGGUCAGGGAGGAACCACCCAGCGCGCCCGCGACCGCAAGAUGCUCAAGUUCAUCAGUGGGAUCUUCACAAAGAGUACGCCUGCGCCUCCCAGCUCCAACACAACGCCCCCUAUUUACACACCCAUACAGAGGGGUUCUAGUGAGGAGGAAGCAGCGUGCACUAACAGUCAAGAAUGGACCUUCAGUCGAACUGUCCAAGAGCUCCGUCUGGGGGUGUUGGGAGGUCUCCGCAGUGGAAAGUCAGCCUUGGUCCACAGACACAUGACCGGGAGCUACCUCCCCCUGGAGAACCCAGAUGAGGGCAGGUAUAAGAAGGAGGUUCUGGUUGAUGGUAACAGUCACAUGUUGCUGAUCAGGGAGGAGACAGGACCCCCAGAUGCACAGAUGGCUAACUGGGUGGACGGGGUCAUCCUGGUCUUCAGUCUAGAGAAUGAGGCCAGUUUACAGGAAGUUUACAGGAACUACAGCGAGCUGGGCUCUCACCGCAACAUUGCUGAGAUCCCCUUCAUAGUCGUGGGCACCCAAGAUAAAAUCACCAGCACCAACCCUCGGGUGAUAGAGGACGCCAGGGCCAGACAGCUGUGUUCAGACGUGAGGCGCUGUACCUACUACGAGACUUGCGCUACCUACGGCCUCAACGUCAACCGCGUCUUCACCGAGGCUGCUCACAAGAUCAUGGCAGUGAAGAAGCAGGCAGCUCUAUUGGCCUCCUGUAAAUCCCUGCCCAACUCUCCCAGUCACUCUGGAGGCUCUACGCCAGUGUCAGGAGUCUUUCCUGGGCAGGCCAGUAAUGGUGGUCAGAGCAGUGACUACUCGUCUUCUCUGCCCUCCACCCCAGUGAUCAGUCAUAAGGACAUCGGUGGGGCAGCAGGCGGGGAGAGGCUGGGCAGCGCCACCCCAGGGUCUGUCCGCAGCGCCUCCCGGCGACGCACCGGCUCCCGCUUCACGGGCCGUAGGGGCAGUGACUCGGAGAGGAGGAGUACAGACAGUAAGACAGGAGACCUGGGCAGUGGACGCUCCAUCCCCAUUAAACAGAGUGUCCUGCUGAAGCGCAGUGGCAGCUCCCUCAACAAGGAAUGGAAGAAGAAAUAUGUCACGCUGUCCAACAACGGCAUGCUCUCCUAUCACUCAAACGUCAAUGACUACAUGCAGAAUGCCCAUGGGAAGGAAAUGGACAUGCUGCGGGUGACUGUGAAAGUGCCAGGGAAACGCCCGCCUCGUGCUGGUGCCGUCCCUUGCUGUGGCCCUCCUCCUGGCCUCAACGGCCUGGUCAAAGACGUACAAGUGCCUGAGGGGGCCAGUGCAGUCCCUGGUAGUGGCAGUAACCUCCUGCCGGUAGAGGAGGGGGCGGGAGGGUUGUCAGAGGGGUUCAGAGGGGUGCAGCUCUGUCCCUCUACUGUCUCCUACAGGGCCCAAAGUGUGGACACUGCCAUCGAGGGUGUGUCCAACCCCUCCUCCUCUAAAGACACAGGUCCCGCCUCCCCGAUGGUUGACAGGAAGAAGCAUCGCAAGAAGAAGAGCAUGAACCUGAAAGGAGACACAGCAAUUGGCCAAGCAGAUGCAAAGCGCAAAAUGUGGAAACUAAAAAGCUUUGGUAGCUUAAGAAACAUAAACAAGACAGACGAGGAUAACUUUGACUUCCUUAUCGUGUCAAGCACGGGCCAGACGUGGCACUUUGAGGCCCAGAGUGUGGAGGAAAGGGACGCCUGGGUGACUGCCAUCGAGAGCCAGAUCCUGGCCAGCCUGCAGCUGUGUGAGAGCAGCAAGAACAAGGCUCGUAAGAACAGCCAGAGUGAAGCUGUGGCGCUGCAGGCUAUCCGUAACGCCAAGGGCAACAGCCUCUGUGUGGACUGUGAAGCACCUAACCCAACGUGGGCCAGUCUGAACCUGGGGGCUCUUAUCUGCAUUGAGUGUUCAGGGAUACACAGGAACCUGGGCACCCACCUGUCCCGUGUCCGCUCUCUGGACCUGGACGACCUGCCCAGAGAACUCACCCUGGUGCUGGGCGCCAUUGGCAACCACCUGGCCAACAGCAUCUGGGAGGGACGCACACUGGGCCGCCGGAAACCAACACCCAACGCCACCCGAGAGGAGCGGGAAUCGUGGAUCCGGGCCAAGUAUGAGCAGAGGCUGUUUGUGGCUCCGCUGGUCCCGCCUUCCCCCUCCAUGUCCCCCAGUCAGGGGCCAGAGGUCAACACGCUGUCGGCCUGUCUGCUGGUGGCCGUGAUGGAGAGGGACCUCCCCCGCCUGCUCCUCCUCCUGGCCCACAGCACCAAGGACGACAUUAAUGCCCCACUCCGCCCAGGGGGUCACCUCUCUCCUCAGCCCCCUGCUGCAUUCCCCAGCUCUCCCAUGGGAGGAUCCCCCCUGCCGCCCCACUCAGCGCUGCAUGCCGCCUGCCAGCUCGCCGACGUGGUCAUGACCCAGUUGCUGGUCUGGUAUGGCAGUGAUGUGAGGUGUCGGGAUGCCCAGGGGCAGACCGCCCUCACGUUGGCGCGUUACGCAGGAAGUCAGGAGUGUGCCGACAUCCUCCUGCAGUACGGCUGCCCCAACGAGCCGCCUCCCUCGGUUGCCACAACGCCCAGCCUCUCAGUCGCCACGACAACCAGCCUUUCGCGCAAGAGCAGCGCCACCAGCCUGAGCCGCAGCAGCAGCUCCAGAAGAGCAGUGUCUUAAUGUGACAGGGGUUAGAGCACACUGUGUGAAAGUGUAAGUGUGUAUGUACGUGUAAAAGUGUGAGUACAUGCAAUAUGUGUGUGUGUGUGUGUGUGUGUGUGAGAGAGACAGAGCUUGUGUGGGUGGUGCAUGUGUGUUUGUGACCAUAUGCAUGCCAGGGUAGCUCUAGUUGAAGGGGGAGGCUGUGUCAUCAGUGUCCACUAAAAUAAACCUAUAAAGUCACACCAGGACGUAGUCCCAGACCAGAAGGACUGAAUGAACAAGCAGCCAACACCAUCACCACCCUUAGUGGUGCACGGGUCAGCUGUUUAUUCACCUACACCAGCCCGCAAUUGCUAAAUAACCCAUCCGCAACUGCCCGACUAUAUGUGAUAAAGUGAAAAUCUGAGGCCUGACCCUAACCCGCAAAUAUAUAAAAUGUUAAAAGCCGUAAAAACUACCCAACAUGUUUCUGGCAACAUUUCAGCUUGGCUUGGAUGCAUAUUUUAUGUGACUGAAAUAGGCUACUAUCAUAUUUUCUGAUGCUGAUAAAGAUAGGAACUUUACAGACGGUCCCUAACCACACAUUCAUUCUCUAAAGAUGCUGAAAUAAAUAAUAUUUCUCCAUUCCAGUCAAAAUGUACAUUUGGUGUAUAAUUUCACAAGUUAAUAUAAUAUUAGGUGGUAAGAGCGUCUGCUAAAUGACUUAAAUGUAAAUGUAAUAGACCUAUAUUCAAUUAACAAUUAAGUACUUAAGUGUGAAUUUUUUUCAAUGAAAAUGGUCAAAAAUAAACAAAAUUGACUUCUUAGCAAAGAGCAAUUUUUCAAUAAGAAUUUAGCUAAGACUGUCUGGGAGUGGUUUGAAUGGGGAGGUGAAAACAGAAAAUGUGCUCUUAUUGGCAGAGAGGUUUAGAACUCUCUUGUCUAUUAACUAAUUUACCACAUGAUGAUGUCACCAUGGAAGGCCAAAACUCCCUCCCACCAAAUCAGGCUGUCUUUUCAAACAGAGCUUACACUAAAAGGGCAGUAUCAUAAUUUUCUAAAUUGUACAGUAUUAUUCCAAACUCAGUGUGGAAAUAUAUAUAUAUAACAAAUCAUGUUUUUUUAAUGUACUGGGCCUUUAACCCAUCUGAACAGUAGCCUAUAGUUCCCUUGAUGUACCAUUUUGAAGUCCUCCUCGUGUGACUAUCAAAUUUGUAUAGUGCCUCACAAUCACACACAAUAGUUGGCACUGCUAUCAUCCUCUUUUACCACUUCACCAAAUCUUUCCCAAACAUCAGGCUACUGUUCUGGCGCUUCUAUUUAUUUUCAACUCUCCAUUUUGCAGCUCGUCUCUUAUUUAAUUAAACUCCAAAAUUGUCCUUUUUCCUCAGUGGAUCGACGUGAACUUUUCUGCAUAAGUUCGUAAAAGCAAUUGACGAUUGCUGUGUAUUCAGAGAGUGUACAGUUAGGCCCUAAAGUUUAGGCUUAGACUACACUCUAGCACCAGAUAAAAAAUAAUACAAAUAAAUGUAGCCUAUAGAUAUGAAUUGCACAAGAAUUAUACAUUUAUGGAUUUUUUUUAAUGCAUAGUUUAUUCAACCCACCUGCCCGCCAUUCAGCCACACACUAUUUAAUUGCCCUAAACUGCAGGGACUGCAGGUUAUGAGUCAACCCACACAUCACUAACCACAGUAAAGCCAGGAGGCAGAACUCCCUCUAACUUGGCUCUGUGCAUGCAUGUUUGAACGAGAGGGACUGGUCUUGUCAGUGGGGUACCUUGUCCCCACUAUGGCGCUGAUAAUAUAUACUCUUCCAGGCUCACCUCACCACUGCUCUGCUCUGUUGGACCUUUUUACCUGCCAAAAGGUGUGCUACUGCUUCACCAGUACCCCGUACCCUGAGCCUCACUAACACAUAUUGACUGACAGACAGGGAUAAUGUAACGUCAAGCUCUGGGGCCAAAUUGAUGGCCUGUCCUGUAUACUGACUUGGGUUCAUGCCCAAUCACAUCUCUCAGACCACAGGGUUGGGAGAAGAAAACAAACCGGAGGUACAGAACUGCAAUAAUUGAAUUACCAGUGUUAGACAAUGGAUGUGUCCUUCUCGCCCUUCUGUACCUCUGGAUGCUUGAAGUACCAUGAUAAGACUAUAGUAUGAAGAUGGUUUCCGGCUCUCAACAGCGGAGAAUGUCAGUUUAAAAUUCAUGAUGAAGAUUUCUCCCGUGCUUUGAUGGUUAUGGUUGACGUGGAGCAGCUUAACUUAAUGCAGCUACAUCUAUAAAGAUGCUUCAAUGUGAUGAUAAAAGGAGUAUGAUGGGGCUCAUUGAAUACUCUGGAUGACAUUGUACUUAUACAGAAACUUAACAGUGGAGUCAAGACCAACAGCAAUGGCCAGUGCUGGAACUAUAAUGACCACAGUUAAAGUAUCACUGUACCACGGUCAGACAAAACGGUCAGUUACUGAACAAUGCUCAGCUGAGAUCAAAGUCAAAAGAAAUACUGUCCAACAGAUAUAUGAUUUGUAUUUUAAGAAUUUACGGUCAAAAUAAUAAUUGUAUAGAAAGACAUAUGAAAUUGACAUCAUUACUAUACUUGUCAUAGUUAUCAAUAUUGAGAAGUAAUUCAUGGACAAGAAUGUUAAUGUGGGUUCUGAAGUUUGUAUGGUAGGUUAUUGUUUAAUACACACAGGGGUUACUCUUAGCUGUUCAGAGAUACAAAACUGUGACAGAUUUGGUGAUUAUUUUCUUUGGCAGUCCGCUAUCUAGCUCCCUGACGUCACUUUGACAUCCAAGAUGGAGACUUGUAAUGUGUGUGAAUAAUGUGCGUUUUGGAAAUGAGAGAGACCCACACACCCACUAGGGCCGUUUCUAUAUGUCCUAUUUUAGCUGAACAGUGUUACUGCCAGACACCAUUGUAUUGUGAAACAAAUGAAAUGCCUUCCAGUUUGAUUGAAUGUAAUUGCAAAUAUUGGGAAUGUUUUGUGUGCACUGCCACACCCACAAAAGAAAAAGGGGUUCAAAACCAAAACUCAAGACGUCAUUCUCGAUUAUUAUUCCAACUGUACAAAAUUAUUAUUAGUAAGGGAAAUUAAUUGCCUUGUAUUGAGAAUGAAAAGUUUGCUAGUGGCCACAAUAGAGACCAUUAUCAUAACACCACAAGGACCAUGUUGCUUUUAUAUUGGGACUUAUCAAUCUACUGCAGUAUGAUCAUACCUCUUUUUUUUAAAUUACUGAAAAUGAACAUUUGUCUGUAAAUUGUGUAUGCUUCUUUUGUUUUGCAGUGUUUUUCUACUCCUGUAUAUGAUUCAUGGCUCAUUCAAGUUAGCUGUCAAAAAAAUUACUGUCAAACCUGUGGUUUUAUUUAUAUAUUUGGGAGUGUUUCAUAUUUUAAUGUGCAACUUUUAUCUGCUUAAAACAAAUAAGGAAAGGAAAAACAGUAUACAACAAAGCAACAAUAAAAAUGUUGUAUUCUG